AUGCCGUCGUACACACCGCCGCGUUCCUCCCAGCCGCCCACAGGCGUGCCUUUCGAGCUCUCGCUCUCGACUCACCCCUCCACGCCGCACCACCGCUCUUCGCUCACGCCUGUCUCGUUUCUGCUCCGUGCUGCGCUUAUCACGCCGCGCAAGCUCGCCAUCGACCAUCCCGAGCGCGGCUAUGGUUUCACGUACGAGCAGUGGGCAACGCGCUGCCUCUCGCUCGCCUUCGCCAUCCUCAGCGUGCCUGGGUUCAAGGCUGGCGAUCGGGUAGCGGUCAUCUCGCCCAACGCACCCUUGAUUGCCGACGCUCACUGGGGUAUUCCCGCCGUCGGAGGCAUCAUUACGCCCAUCAACAUCAGGAACACCCCCAAAGAGGUUGCCUACGUGCUCGAGCACUCGGGUAGCACAAUCAUCCUGUGCGAUCACGAGUUCACCCACCUCCUCCCCGAGGCGAACGGCAAGGUCAAGGUGGUGGUCAGCAAAGACUCGGGUGGUCAAGACAAGAACGAUGAGUACGAACACUUCCUCGAUCAGGGCUGGCAGGCGUGGCAGCGAGCACAGCAGGCGGAGCUCGACAAGUUCAAGUCGCGCACCAAGCCGUCGGCGGAGCCCAAGACGGGCUGGAAGCUGCUCAACGCUCCUCUGGACGAAGAGGCGGCCAUCGCCCUCUGCUACACUUCUGGUACCACCGGUCGACCCAAAGGCGUCUUGACGAACCAUCGUGGUGCCUAUUUGUCGGCGAUCAGCAACGCUUUCGAAGCAAACAUCACUGCCGACUCGCGCUACCUCUGGGUUCUUCCCAUGUUCCAUGCAUGCGGCUGGACGUUCCCUUGGGCGGUCACCGCCGCGCUCGGCACUCAUCACACCAUUCGCAAAGUCGACAACACUGUCAUCUGGGAUGCGCUGCGUAACCACGGCGUGACGCACUACUGCGGCGCGCCGACCGUUCAGAUUGGCCUGGUGAACCACCCCGACGCCAAGAAGCUCGAUCACAAGGUCAAUGUGGCCGUUGCAGCCAGUGCUCCGACUGCCAACCUGCUGGCCAAGAUGGAGGGUCUCAACCUGCAUCCCGUGCACGUUUACGGUCUCACCGAGACGUACGGUCCGUUCACACGUCGAUACUUCGAGCCCGAGUGGGCAAAAUUGGACGUCGACGCUCGCGCGCGCAUGAUGGCUCGCCAAGGUCACGCAUACUUGACCUCAGACGAGGUGCGAGUGGUGCGCACUGACUCAUCUACCACGUCGACCGAGGACCUCAUCGAUGUCGAGCGCAACGGCAAGGAAACAGGCGAGAUUGUCAUUCGCGGUAACAUGACCAUGCUCGGCUACUACAACGACCCCUCUGCCACCUCGAAAGCCGUCAUGAAGGGGUGGUUCCACACAGGCGACCUGGCGGUCCGACACCCAGGCGGCGAGAUCCAGAUCCUCGAUCGCGGAAAGGACAUCAUCAUCUCCGGCGGCGAAAACAUCUCGUCCCUCAUGGUGGAACAGGAGCUCGCGGCACAUGGCGAUGUGCUGGAAUGCUGCGUCAUCGCAAGAGCGCACGAGAAGUGGGGCGAACGAGGCCACGCUUUCGUCGUCCUCACAGAGCAGUCCAAGGGUAAGAAAGGAAAGGAAUUCAUCGAGGAGCUCAGGAAACACUGUAAAGGAAGGAUGUCAGGUUUCGCCGUACCAGAGUGGUUCGAGAUCGUAGAGGAGCUGCCCAAGACAAGCACGGGCAAGGUGCAGAAGAACGUGCUCAGGGCGCGAUUUGCUAGCAAGCUGUAA